AUGUCCGCCUUCUGCCUGGGCUCGGCCGGCCGCGCUUCAGCACCCGCAGAGCCGGACAGCGCCUGCUGCAUGGAGCUGCCCGCCGCGGCCACCGACGGGAGUCCAGCCGCCGCCGCCGCCCAGGUGUCCUUCCCCGGGGGCCCCGGGGAGCUGGAACUGGCGUUAGAGGAGGAGCUGGCGCUGCUGGCGGCCGGGGAACUGCCGUCCGACCCCGGAGAGCAGUCUCCGGCCGAGCCCGGGCCUCUGGCCGAGGAGGCCGGGCUGCUGCUACCUCUGCCCGCCCAGGACCCCGAGCUGCUGUCGGUGAUCCGGCAGAAGGAGAAGGACCUGGUGCUGGCGGCCCGGCUGGGCAAGGCGCUGCUGGAGAAGAACCAGGACAUGAGCCGGCAGUACGAACAAAUGCACAAGGAGCUGACGGACAAACUGGAGCACUUAGAACAAGAGAAGCACGAACUAAGAAGACGAUUUGAGAACCGAGAAGGAGAGUGGGAAGGGCGCGUGUCCGAGCUGGAGAGUGACGUGAAGCAGCUUCAGGAUGAGCUGGAGAGGCAGCAGGUUCACCUACGGGAGGCAGAUCGAGAAAAAACACGGGCUGUCCAGGAAUUAUCGGAACAGAACCAAAGGUUACUGGAUCAGCUCAGCAGGGCAUCGGAGGUGGAGAGGCAGCUCUCCCUGCAGGUCCACGCCCUCAGAGAAGACUUCCGGGAGAAGAACUCCUCCACCAGCCAGCACAUCAUUCGCCUGGAGAGCCUGCAGGCUGAGAUCAAGAUGCUGUCGGAUCGGAAGCGGGAGCUGGAGCUCCGGCUCAGCGCCACCUUGCAGGAGAACGACCUGCUGCAGGGAACCGUGGAGGAGCUGCAGGACCGGGUGCUGGUCCUGGAGAGGCAGGGCCAUGACAAAGACCUGCAGCUGCACCAGAGCCAGCUGGAGCUGCAGGAGGUGCGGCUCUCCUGCCGGCAGCUGCAGGGGAAGGUGGAGGAGCUCACGGAGGAGAGGAGCCUGCAGAGCUCGGCCGCCACCAGCACGUCCCUCCUGUCCGAGAUCGAACAGAGCAUGGAGGCCGAGGAGCUGGAGCAGGAGAGAGAGCAGCUGAGACUGCAGCUCUGGGAGGCCUACUGCCAGGUCCGCUACCUCUGCUCACACCUUCGAGGCAACGACAGCGCCGACUCGGCCGUCUCCACGGACUCCUCGAUGGACGAGUCUUCGGAAACCUCGUCCGCCAAGGACGUGCCGGCCGGCAGCCUGCGCACGGCCCUCAGCGAGCUCAAGAGGCUGAUCCAGAGCAUCGUGGACGGCGCGGAGCCCACGGUGACUCUGCUGAGUGUGGAGAUGACUGCACUCAAGGAGGAGAGAGACCGACUCAGAGUGACGUCUGAGGACAAGGAGCCGAAGGAGCAGCUUCAGAAGGCUGUCCGCGACCGGGACGAGGCCAUCGCCAAGAAGAACGCUGUGGAGCUAGAACUCGCCAAGUGCAAGAUGGACAUGAUGUCUCUGAACAGCCAGCUGCUGGACGCCAUUCAGCAGAAACUAAACCUCUCCCAGCAGCUGGAGGCUUGGCAGGAUGACAUGCACAGGGUCAUUGACCGGCAGCUGAUGGACACGCACCUGAAGGAGCGGAGCAGGCCUGCUGUCGCCCUCUCCAGGGCCCGUGGCGCAGGGCGUGGGGUCGAGCCCAGCACCGCUGAAGGCAAACGGCUAUUCUCAUUCUUCAGGAAAAUUUGA